AAAUUAUAAAUAAAUAAAAUUACUACAUAAUAAUAAUAAAUUUAACAAAAACCAACAACACAACUAAUUUCAAAUCUUGCAAUCUUACUUAAUAAAUAACUAAAUUAAUUAACAAAGCCAAUAAUAAACAUUCUUUUAAAUCUAAGCCAAAGAAAAAAUAAAAAAAAUCCAUCCAUUUGUUUCAAAUCGUUUUAGUUAAUACAAUUAAAGUGGCCAAAUUAAAUUUAAUUAAUCAACUAGUUAGUUUUAAAUGUAAUUUUCAAUAAAUCUUUAAAAAUAAUUAAUUAAAUUAUUAAAUUUAUAAAUAAAUUAAUUAGAAAUGUGUGUGUUUUUCUUCAAAUGAUAUCCAUUCAAAUUGCUUCCACAAAAAAUGUCGUGAUUAUUGCAGCUGAUAAAUUUGUUUAACAACAACAACAAAAUAAAACAUAAAUCUUUCCAAAUAUAAUUUGAUUCAAAAAUAAUAAUAACAAAACAUAAAAUGGAUAACGAAAAUAUGUGAAACAAAUUAUUAAAAUUAAUAACUGAAGAUAACGCGUUAAAGUGUUAAAACAAACAAAAUCGUAUUAAAGGCAACCUCAUCCAUUGUUGAGUGUUGCCGUAGUGUUUUCUAUUUUUGUUUUUGUGUUUUUAAAUAUAUCUUUACUGCCACUGUAACCACUCAGCAACAGAAUUAUAGAAAAAAGCCGCCAAAAUGACUAUGUGGCAGAGUGGUGGUAUGGGAGGUGGCGGCCAUGGCUCCCAAAACAAUCCAUGGAUGAAACUGAUGGGCAUCGUGCACAAGGAACGUCGUCAUACGGAUAAUGUCACCAGUCAAAGUGGUUCAAACGAAAGGAAUUUAAACCAGUCUUUACCCAAAUUGAGCAGUCAAGACGAAGAAGGGGGGGCUGGUCAUGGCUAUGGUGGCGGGCCACAACACUUUGAACCCAUUCCUCAUGAUCAUGAUUUUUGUGAAAGAGUUGUUAUAAAUGUAAGCGGGUUAAGGUUUGAAACACAAUUAAGAACGUUAAAUCAAUUCCCAGACACGUUGCUAGGGGAUCCAGCUCGGAGAUUACGGUACUUUGACCCGCUAAGAAAUGAAUAUUUUUUUGACCGUAGUCGACCGAGCUUCGAUGCUAUUUUAUACUAUUAUCAAAGUGGUGGCCGACUACGGAGACCGGUCAAUGUCCCUUUAGACGUAUUUAGUGAAGAAAUAAAAUUUUAUGAAUUAGGUGAUCAAGCAAUUAAUAAAUUCAGAGAGGAUGAAGGCUUUAUUAAGGAGGAAGAAAGACCUUUGCCGGAUAAUGAAAAUCAAAGAAAAGUCUGGUUACUUUUUGAAUAUCCAGAAAGUUCACAAGCCGCCAGAGUUGUAGCCAUAAUUAGUGUAUUUGUUAUAUUGCUAUCAAUUGUUAUAUUUUGUCUAGAAACAUUACCCGAAUUUAAGCAUUAUAAGGUGUUCAACACAACUACAAAUGGCACAAAAAUCGAGGAAGAUGAGGUGCCUGACAUCACAGAUCCUUUCUUCCUUAUAGAAACGUUAUGUAUUAUUUGGUUUACAUUUGAACUCACUGUUAGGUUCCUCGCAUGUCCGAACAAAUUACAUUUCUGCAGGGAUGUCAUGAAUGUUAUUGACAUAAUCGCCAUCAUUCCUUAUUUCAUAACAUUGGGUACUGUUGUAGCCGAAGAGGAAGACACAUUAAAUCUUCCAAAAGCGCCAGUCAGUCCACAGGACAAGUCAUCGAAUCAGGCUAUGUCCUUGGCAAUAUUACGAGUGAUACGAUUAGUUCGAGUAUUUCGAAUAUUUAAGUUAUCUAGGCAUUCGAAGGGUUUACAAAUUUUAGGACGAACUCUGAAAGCCUCUAUGCGGGAAUUAGGUUUACUUAUAUUUUUCUUAUUUAUAGGCGUUGUACUCUUCUCAUCGGCGGUUUAUUUUGCGGAAGCUGGAAGCGAAAAUUCCUUCUUCAAGUCCAUACCCGAUGCAUUUUGGUGGGCUGUCGUUACCAUGACAACCGUUGGAUAUGGUGACAUGACGCCGGUCGGAGUUUGGGGUAAAAUUGUGGGAUCACUGUGUGCCAUUGCUGGUGUCUUGACAAUCGCUCUACCGGUACCGGUUAUUGUCAGUAAUUUCAAUUAUUUCUAUCACCGUGAAACGGAUCAAGAGGAGAUGCAGAGCCAAAACUUCAAUCAUGUUACUAGUUGUCCAUAUUUACCUGGUACAUUAGGUCAACAUUUAAAGAAAUCAUCGUUAUCUGAGUCCUCAUCGGAUAUGAUGGAUUUAGAUGAUGGUGUCGAAUCAACGCCAGGAAUGACUGACAUGCAUCCUGGUCGUUCAUUGGCUCCAUUUUUAGGAGCCACCACUCAUCAUUCACAUUUAACUCCAACAGCAACAACUACUGCUACCACAACCCUGCCAGCACCGCCUCAGCAACAACAACAAACGCCGCCAGAUAAGCAACUACAACAGCAGCAGCAACAAGUUCAACAGCAGCAGCAGCAACAAAUCCAGUUGCAAAAUGGCUACACACAAUCUGCCAUCAGUGUUACAAGCGGUGGUAACAUUCAAACUCAUAGACAUAAUAAUGCUUUGGCUGUUAGUAUCGAGACCGACGUUUGACUACUGGUAAAAAAGACGUUACGUGCUAUAUUUUGGCCUUGUACAAUACGUUGGAUGCCAGAAACGACUACCAAAGCUGUUUAAAAUUUAAUUUUAAGUAGUAAUUUAAUUAAUUUAACAAAAAAAUGAACAAAAAAGCAUCAAAAAAAAUUAAAUAUAAAAAAACAUCGAAAAAAAUCUUAAAAAAAUAACUAGCAAAUAAA